AUGGCUCCUUACAAUAUCGUUGUUUUCGCUGGUGACUACUGCGGUCCGGAGGUGACCGCUGAAGCAGUAAAGGUCCUCCGAGUCAUUGAGAAACAUCGCAGUGAUAUAGAGUUCAACUUCCAAGAACAUCCUCUCGGUGGCGCUUCGAUAGAUGCUCACGGUGAGCCAUUGACGGACGCUGCCUUGACAGCCGCCAAAAACGCAGAUGCGGUUAUCCUCGGAGCCAUUGGAGGACCUAAAUGGGGCCACGGCACCGUCCGCCCAGAACAAGGUAUUCUCAAACUCCGCAAAGAAAUGGGCACAUUCGGCAACCUUCGACCCUGCAGCUUCGCCGCCCCAUCUCUCGUCGACAUCUCCCCCUUAAAAGCCGACGUCUGCCGCGGCGUCGACUUCAACAUCAUCCGCGAAUUGACCGGAGGAAUCUACUUUGGUGACCGCAAGGAAGAUACCGGUGAUGGCUACGCUCUCGAUACAGAACCAUACUCCCGACCCGAGAUUGAGCGUAUCACCCGCCUCGCUGCCCAUCUUGCGCUCCAACAUGACCCUCCUCUCCCUAUUUGGAGUCUGGAUAAAGCCAACGUCCUCGCUACGAGUCGCUUGUGGCGUAAAGUGGUCACGGAGGUGAUCACUAACGAGUUCCCGCAGUUGAAGUUGGGUCAUCAUCUUAUUGAUUCUGCGGCUAUGUUGAUGGUUAAGGAUCCUCGGAAACUUAAUGGUAUUGUAGUUACGAGUAAUUUGUUUGGUGAUAUUAUCUCCGAUGAGGCCAGUGUUAUUCCAGGUUCUUUGGGUUUGCUGCCCAGUGCUAGUUUGACGGGUGUUCCUGAUGGGAAGACUAAGGUCAAUGGUAUCUAUGAACCUAUUCACGGUUCCGCCCCCGACAUCGCCGGCAAAGGCAUCGUCAACCCCGUCGCCGCCAUCUUGUCAAUGGCAAUGUUACUUCAAUACUCUCUCCAACGACCCGCUGAAGCCCGCCUCAUCGAGGAAGCAGUCAGAAACGUCACCGAAGCUGGUAUUCGCACAGGCGAUAUUGGCGGAAAGUCGACUACUGUGGAGGUUGGUGAUGCUGUCGCUGCUGAACUGGAGAAGUUGCUUCAAUAG